AAAUUCGCGAGUGUGUCCACAGCGUUAUACUGUAACAAUAUUAUACAUUAACAACCGCAUCGUCACCUCAGUGUCGUGCAGUGUCCGUUGUUUCGCGCCCGCGUUCGACUCUAAGGAUUUUAAGUAACAGGUUCAAAAUGGUGCCACGUCCAGUCUCCCCAUAUGCCAGGGAGCCACAGAUCCCGCAAUUCUAUGCUGGCAAGUGCAUCUUCAUCACAGGCGCUACGGGUUUCAUGGGAAAGGUGUUGAUAGAAAGAUUGCUUUGGACAUGUCCAGACAUCGGAAAACUAUACCUGCUGAUGCGGCAGAAGAGAGAGGUGUCGCCCGAAAAGAGAUUGUCACAGCUCAAACAAUCACAGGUUUUUGACAAUAUCCGGGAAAAAUGCCCGUCCCAGCUGGACAAAUUGUACAUCAUACACGGAGACACUACGGAACCAAACCUAGGAAUCAGUCUUGACUCUAUGAGUCUCUUGAACGAGGUAUCCAUAGUAUUCCAUGGUGCAGCCACGUUGAAAUUCGACGAAGUUCUUGGCAAAUCGGUGGACCAGAACGUGCGGUCUGUGAUGCGACUCCUGGACAUUUGCGACCGGUUACCCAACAUUCAGGCGUUCAUCCACGUCUCCACAGCGUACUGUAACGCGGACCUGAUCACGGUGGAGGAGAAGGUGUACACGUCGCCGGUGUCGCUCGACCAGGUCCUGGCGCUCACCGACUCUGUUCCCGACGAGCUGAUGGCAGAGAUCACUGAUAAGUUCAUAGCGCCAAAACCUAACACUUACACAUUCACGAAAGCUUUGGCUGAAAAUGCUGUGGAACAGCACCGGAACAGAGGAUAUCCGGUGGCCAUUUUCAGGCCUACUAUUGUAAUUUCCGCCCUUCAACAUCCGUUUCCGGGUUGGAUAGAGAACCUGAACGGGCCGAGCGGCGUGGUGGUGGGCGCGGGCAAGGGUCUACUCCACGUGUUCUGUUGUAAGAAUAGCGCAAAGGCCGACCUACUGCCUGUGGACAUCGCUAUAGAUACCCUGAUCGCCGUGGCUUGGGAGACAGCGUUGGACAAAUUAUCAGAAGUCCGCGUAUAUAACUGCAGCACCAUAGAUAAUCCUGUAACAUGGCGGGAAUUCGAGACAACGAUCAGAAGGGAGCUCCGAAUUCAUCCUUUUGACAAAGCGUUUUGGUAUCCAUCGGGAACUGUGAUUGAGAGCAAAUAUUUGCAAAAAGCUAUUGCCCUGUUAACUCAAACUUUACCUCUACAUCUAGCUGAAUACACAGUGCGUUUAUUCGGAAUAAAAACAAGGUUAAGCUUUAUUACUGUAAAUCAGCGACUAUGCGCAAUGAGUGAUGUACUUCAAUUCUUCUCUCUCCGUGAGUGGAUAUUUAAGAAAGAUAAUGUUCGUCGGUUACAAGCGAGGCUAUCGCCGCGUGAUGCUGAAAUUUACAACUUAGACCCGCAGACUAUUAACUGGACUGAACACUUCAUCAACUUCGUAAAAGGCACCAGAAAAUAUCUUUUAAAAGAAAAAGAUCAAGAUAUAGGAGAAGCAAAGAGACAUAUUAGAAGAAUGUACUACGUCCAUCAUGGAUUCAUCUUAUUCUUGCUCGUCUUAGUUUUUCGUUAUGCGAUGCAAAAUCCUAUCAUAAGAAGCAUCGUCUACGGAACACUCAAAUUAUUAUUUUCUGCCUUUAACGCUGCGUAUGGGCGUAUAAAAUUGUAGAUGUAUAUAAAUAUCAGUCUUGUAAAUAUUCCAUGAACAAAGAGAUACAUAAUAUAUGUGAUACAAUGUCUUAAAACGAUAAGAAUCAAAGUAAUAUAAAUUAAUUUCCAUGAUAUUUAAGACUUCAUAAUAUACUGUAUUCUUAGAUAUACGCUAAGGGUAUCAAGAUUUUUAUAUGUAUAUACAAUCGGCUUACAUAUUAUGAACUUGAAUUGAACACGAGGCAUAUUAUCUUUACUUAUCACAAUUUUUCUUUCCAUAUUAAAGACUAAGAUCUAAAAACUCACUUGCCUAAAAUCUCAGCCUAAUUAUUUAUAAAGAGAAUGAAUGAUUAUCCGUUUAAUAUGUUAUUUUAUUUAAAUCACCAAAACAUCUUAGUAAUAUGAAAUAAUAAUAAUGUUUCUUUUCAAAGAAGAACCACUAAAUUCGUUUAAUUUUUAAAACUAUUUUUGACCGUGAGUAAAAAAUGUUUUUCGCUUUUAUUUUAAGUUGCUCCUCGGUGCUUUAACAAUACGGCUAUUAUUCAUUACAUUACAUGUUGAUAUAUUUUGCAACGACAGUACAAAAUUAUUACGUUGUGAAGGUGAAAGUACUAUUAAGUAGUACAUAUAACAUUAUGUACAGCAACUAUGCCAAAAAGGCCUUAUUGUAUAUUUCUUCGGAUGUCGUAUUUUUAAUACAAGACAAAAUGUGUAAAUUGUUUUAAAAUAGAUUUAUUAAAUGCUAUCAGGACUUGCAAACGUUUUUUCAUGAGCUUUUUAAUAAAAAAAAGUUUACUUUUAUAAUUAACUUAUUUUUAACAGCGUAUGCAUUUUGUGCCUAAUCGGGAGUUUUGUGAUAUUGAUUUACACUUGUCUGCAAUAUAGGACAUAAUUAUAUUCUAUCGUUGUAACCCUACAUGAAUGGAAUGGAGUUGGGAGAUGAUUUUUAUACGAAUAUUGUUGUGGUUAAAAUAAGAAAAUAGAAAGUACAUUGUACAGACAUAUGUUUAAUUUAAGCAAAUACUUUGUGUAGUUAUGGUGUAUUUUUUUUAUUUAUGUUUACUAUUUAAGGAUAUUCGGUAUGCUAAAUAAAUAUUUUGUAUACAA